UCAGCAGGAGGGAUGUGCUUCCACAAGAAAGAUACUCUCAACCCCAGGCUUUCUUCCUGCUCUAGACAAAUGAUUUAUUUGCUCUAUCCAUACAUGAACAGAACACAGGGGAAAGGGGCUGGAUGUGUGCCACGGAGCUCUGCAAUGGGAGGGAUUCGGUGUGUUUCUUUCACCAACAGAUUCCCCAGUUAGUUUAAAGAAGGCAGUUAAAUUUCACCACCUAAUUGGGUUAAACCAAUCCUUGCCAGAAGGGAGGAGCUCCCUUUGCAGCCAGUGGAGUAUGAAAAAAAGCAGCAGGCAGAUAAGGAGCAACUGUAAAUCGGAGAAGAAAGCAUUGCUUUUCCUGCCGUACAACUGAAGCUGAGAGCCUUUCCUCUAACCAGCUGCAGGUUUCAGCCAUGUGGCUCUACCUGGCUGCCCUGCUGGGGCUUUACUUCCUUCGCCGAUGGUACAAGGAGAGACAGACGGUGGGGAACCUGACGGAGAAAUAUGUCUUCAUCACGGGGUGUGACUCUGGCUUUGGAAACCUACUUGCCAGGCAGCUGGAUGCCCGGGGCCUGCGGGUGCUGGCAGCCUGUCUCACGCAGAAGGGGGCAGAGCAGCUGGACAAGGUCACCUCAGAGCGCUUGAAAACCACCAUUCUGGAUGUCACCAGCACAGAGAGUGUGGCGGCAGUGAUGGAGUGGGUGAAAGGGUGCAUUGGGAACAAAGGGCUCUGGGGCUUGGUGAACAAUGCGGGCAUAGGCACCCCAGCAGCUCCCAACGAAUGGCUGACCAAAGAUGACUUUGCAAAGGUGAUCAAUGUCAACCUUUUGGGGAUGAUUGAUGUGACGCUACACAUGGUGCCCCUGGUGAGGAGAGCCAGAGGGAGGGUGGUCAACGUGUGCAGUACGAUGGGACGCCUGGCCUGUUUUGGAGGUGGUUACUGCCCAUCCAAGUUUGGUGCGGAAGCCUUCUCUGACACCCUGAGGAGAGAGCUCCAUCCUUUUGGAGUCCGAGUCAGCAUAAUUGAACCUGGUGGUUUCAAAACACCUAUUUGCACAAAACUGGUAGAGUAUUUUCAGACUGUAUGGAGCCGGGUACCUUCUGACAUCAGAGACACUUAUGGGCAGCAGUACUUCGAGCAAUGUUGCAAAUCGUUCCAACAACUCCUUGAUGGUUGCAGCGACAAGCUUCACCUGGUCACCGACUGCAUAGAACAUGCCCUGACAUCCUGCUCCCCUCGCACUCGCUACUCUCCAGGCUGGGAUGCAAAGCUCUUCUACCUUCCUGUCUCUUACUUGCCAACCACCAUUGCAGACUAUGUGUUGACCCGCUCUGGGCCCAAACCAGCACAAGCCGUGUAGAUGAUUGUGAAGAACAACAUGACAGGUGGCCAAACAAUCUAUGGAUGGAACAUUGAAUCUUUUAGGAUCCUAUUGAGAUGCAGGCUUAGUAAUCAGUAGCUGUAAAGAGAAGUGGUUUUAUUUUUCUUUGAUUCUCUACUAUUGGCUGAUCUAGGAAUAAGCCCCAUUGAACGCAGUGCAACUUACUGUAAGUGGACAUGCAUUGUAUCCUUAUACAGUGGUACCUCGGGUUAAGUACUUAAUUCAUUCCGGAGGUCCGUUCUUAACCUGAAACUGUUUUUAACCUGAAGC